AUGUCAACGGUGAAACAUGACGUGUCAUGGCGGCAAACGUUGCUCCAUAGACAACAGAACGUCAUACAAAGGAGGAAGAAUACGCGGAACACAAGAUGGCGGCCCAGCAAAUGGCUGAUACCGCUCGUUAUUUUAAAUGUUACAGGGAGUGUUGGUGGCGAAUCUCUCACAAGUCGGGUGCUAGCCUCUUUGCUAGGCUACCCAAGUUCCUGUAACCUAGGGUCGGAAGUCCGUCCCUGUACCCUCUCCCUCACCUGCUGGUUACGAGGAGGGACCAGGGUGAGGGGCUGUGGAGGAAGCUGGCUCUUCUCCUGCUGUGUGCCGGCAGAACCAAGCAGAAAUGAUGUGCUUGAUAACAGUAUACCGUCAUCAGACUGGAAGUACAAGGUGGUGCCUCCGAAGUUGCGGCAGGUGCCACAACGCAGCGUGGUACCGACCAACGUCUUCCGACGCAGAGCUGAUGAUGAUGUGGGACAGGUAGACUGUGGUUUGUCUUCAACGAAGAUGAUACAGAAACGCAUUAUAGGCGGGCGGGAGGCACGCUUUGCGGAGUUCCCGUGGCAAGCACACGUGAGGAUCUCAGAGUUCCAAUGUGGAGGAGUCCUAGGCAUGAUGACGCAACCGGAUCGCUAUGAUAUAGCCCUCUUGAAGUUGUCUCGGCCCAUAAUCUACACUACUCAUAUACUGCCAAUUUGCCUCCCAGAGAGGGAUAUGGAUUUGAGAGGGAGGUCUGGUGUGAUAGCUGGUUGGGGAAAGACGGACGCUAGUACCGGUCAUACAGGAACAAAUAUGUUGCGAUCAGCUACAGUGCCUAUUUUAAAGAUAGAGAUAGAGAUAGAGAUAGAGAUAGAGAUAGAGAUAGAGAUAGAGAUAGAGAUAGAGAUAGAGAUAGAGAUAGAGAUAGAGAUAGAGAUAGAGAUAGAGAUAGAGAUAGAGAUAGAGAUAGUGAUAGAGAUAGAGAUAGAGAUAGAGAUAGAGAUAGAGAUAGAGAUAGAGAUAGAUCUCUAUAGAGAUAGAGAUAGAGAUAGAGAUAGAUCUCUAUCUCUAUCUCUAUCUCUAUCUCUAUCUCUAUCUCUAUCUCUAUCUCUAUCUCUAUCUCUAUCUCUAUCUCUAUCUCUAUCUCUAUCCCUAUCUCCUAUAUUCACCUUCACCUUCACCUUCACCUUCACCUUCACCUUCACCUUCACCUUCACCUUCACCUUCACCUUCACCUUCACCUUCACCUUCACCUUCACCUUCACCUUCACCUUCACCUUCACCUUCACCUUCACCUUCACCUUCACCUUCACCUUCACCUUCACCUUCACCUUCGCCUUCACCUUCACCUUCACCUUCACCUUCACCUUCACCUUCACCUUCACCUUCACCUUCACCUUCACCUUCACCUUCACCUUCACCUUCACCUUCACACUCACCCUCACCUUCACCUUCACACUCACCCUCACCUUCACCUUCUACUUCACCUUCACACUCACCCUCACCCUCACCUUCACACUCACCCUCACCUUCAACUUUACCUUCACACUCACCCUCACCCUCACCUUCACACUCACCCUCACCUUCAACUUCACCUUCACACUCACCUUCACCUUCACCUUCAACUUCACCUUCACCUUCACACUCACCCUCACCUUCACCUUAACUUCACCUUCACCUUCACACUCACCCUCACCUUCACACUCACCCUCACCCUCACCUUCACCUACACCUUCACCUUCACCUUCACACUCACCUUCACCUUCACCUUCAACUUCACCUUCACCUUCACCUUCACACUCACCCUCACCCUCACCCUCACCUUCACACUCACCCUCACCCUCACCUUCAACUUCACCUUCACACUCACCCUCACCCUCACCUUCACACUCACCCUCACCUUCACCUUCACCUUCACACUCACUUGACCAUCAUCAUUGGGGAUUAAGUUUUAAGUUUACGGAGAUUUAG